AUGGCUCAAUACGAGAUGCCCGUGAUAAUAAAAGCUUUGGGAAACGAUUCGGUCAGAUUGGCGCUUAAACGACAUCUUUUAAGAUUGAUUGACAACAAUCAAGUCGUGUUCGAUGUUAAAAAUCUUGGUCUCAGACGUUUGCCUCAAGCCUACCGAGUGGCUGGUGAAAAGCAAUAUGAAGGUCACUAUUUUCUUAUCAACUUUGAUGGACCGCCCGAUGGUCUCAGACUGGCUAAAUUGUUGGCAUACAAAGACAGUGAAAUAAUCAAGUGCCACUACUGCCGUAUCGAUGACGGCUGGCGCCCACCAUGCAAAGCUCCCAACGCUCCUGCCUGUGAAUUUGGUGAAAUCCGGAAUCCAAACUACGAGAAGACAAACAAGACAAAACAUGGCUUCCGUGCAUUUUAA